GUCUCCGUGCGCGCUGCCGCCGCCAUUUUGGGAACCACUGCCUGAGGCGCGAGGGGCAGCCGGGGAGCGACCGGGCACCGAGACCGAUUGCGAGCGAGGCACCCGCCGGAGCCAUGGCGGCGUCUGUGGGGAACGUGGCCGACAGCACAGAACCAACGAAACGUAUGCUUUCCUUCCAAGGGUUAGCGGAGUUGGCUCACCGGGAGUAUCAAGCAGGAGAUUUUGAAGCAGCAGAGAGGCACUGCAUGCAGCUUUGGCGCCAAGAGCCCGACAACACGGGUGUGCUCUUACUGCUUUCCUCCAUUCACUUCCAGUGUCGCAGGCUGGACAGGUCUGCUCACUUCAGCACUUUGGCAAUCAAGCAGAAUCCAUUACUGGCGGAAGCCUACUCAAAUCUGGGAAAUGUGUACAAGGAGCGCGGGCAGCUGCAGGAGGCCAUCGAACACUACCGGCACGCCCUUCGCCUCAAGCCAGACUUCAUUGACGGAUACAUUAACCUUGCUGCUGCUUUGGUAGCCGCAGGAGAUAUGGAAGGGGCGGUGCAGGCAUACGUUUCUGCCCUGCAGUACAACCCUGACUUGUACUGUGUGCGCAGUGACCUGGGGAAUCUGCUCAAAGCCCUGGGUCGCUUGGAAGAAGCCAAGGCCUGUUAUUUGAAGGCAAUUGAAACUCAACCCAAUUUUGCAGUUGCAUGGAGUAACCUUGGCUGUGUGUUCAAUGCGCAAGGAGAAAUCUGGCUUGCCAUUCAUCACUUUGAAAAGGCUGUGACCCUUGACCCGAACUUCUUGGAUGCUUACAUCAAUCUGGGGAAUGUCUUGAAGGAAGCCCGGAUAUUUGACAGAGCUGUUGCAGCCUACCUGAGAGCCCUGAGCCUGAGUCCGAACCACGCCGUUGUGCACGGCAACCUGGCCUGCGUCUAUUAUGAACAGGGGCUGAUUGACCUGGCCAUAGACACUUACAAACGUGCCAUUGAACUGCAGCCACACUUCCCUGACGCGUACUGCAACCUGGCCAACGCGCUUAAGGAGAAAGGCAGUGUUGCUGAAGCAGAGGAGUGUUACAACACAGCUCUUCGUUUGUGUCCUGCUCACGCGGAUUCCCUCAAUAACCUGGCAAACAUCAAGCGGGAACAAGGAAACAUCGAGGAGGCCGUUCGCCUCUACCGAAAAGCUCUUGAGGUUUUCCCAGAAUUUGCAGCUGCCCAUUCCAAUUUAGCAAGUGUUUUACAGCAGCAGGGAAAGCUGCAGGAAGCACUCAUGCAUUACAAGGAAGCUAUCAGAAUCAGCCCCACAUUCGCAGAUGCCUACUCCAACAUGGGGAACACCUUAAAAGAGAUGCAGGAUGUCCAGGGAGCUUUGCAGUGCUACACACGGGCCAUCCAGAUAAACCCUGCCUUUGCUGAUGCCCAUAGCAAUCUGGCUUCCAUCCAUAAGGAUUCAGGGAACAUACCGGAGGCCAUUGCUUCAUACCGCACUGCUCUGAAACUGAAGCCUGACUUCCCUGAUGCCUACUGUAACUUGGCACACUGCUUGCAGAUUGUUUGCGAUUGGACCGACUACGAUGAACGAAUGAAGAAGCUGGUUACAAUAGUUGCUGAUCAGCUGGAGAAAAACCGCCUCCCUUCUGUCCACCCUCAUCACAGCAUGCUUUACCCAUUGUCUCAUAGCUUCCGAAAGGCUAUUGCAGAGAGGCAUGGAAACCUGUGUUUGGACAAGAUCAAUGUGCUUCACAAGCCCCCAUACGAGCACCCUAAGGAGUUGAAGGCCAGCGAAGGACGGCUCCGCGUGGGCUACGUCAGCUCUGACUUUGGGAAUCACCCCACUUCCCAUCUCAUGCAGUCUAUCCCAGGCAUGCACAACCCUGAUAAAUUUGAGGUGUUUUGCUAUGCGCUGAGCCCCGACGAUGGCACAAACUUCCGAGUAAAAGUAAUGGCUGAAGCAAAUCAUUUCAUUGAUUUAUCUCAGGUUCCAUGCAAUGGAAAAGCUGCCGACCGCAUUCACCAGGACGGCAUACACAUCCUCAUUAACAUGAAUGGCUACACCAAGGGAGCCCGUAACGAGCUGUUUGCCCUCCGGCCAGCACCGAUCCAGGCUAUGUGGCUGGGCUAUCCUGGGACUAGUGGGGCUUUAUUCAUGGAUUAUAUCAUCACGGACAAAGAAACUUCACCCAUAGAAGUAGCUGAACAGUACUCCGAAAAGCUGGCUUACAUGCCAAAUACAUUCUUCAUUGGAGAUCAUGCUAACAUGUUCCCACACCUGAAGAAAAAAGCAGUAAUUGACUUCAAAUCGAAUGGGCAUAUUUACGAUAACAGAAUUGUUCUUAAUGGAAUUGAUCUGAAGGCCUUCCUUGACAGCCUACCUGAUGUAAAAAUAGUGAAGAUGAAAUGUCCUGAUGGAGGAGACAACGCAGACAGCAGUGCUGGUCUCAACAUGCCUGUCAUCCCCAUGAAUACAAUUGCAGAAGCUGUGAUUGAUAUGAUAAAUCGUGGACAAAUCCAGAUAACGAUAAAUGGAUUCAACAUUAGCAAUGGAUUAGCAACUACCCAGAUUAACAAUAAAGCUGCAACUGGUGAGGAGGUUCCACGCACCAUCAUUGUCACCACUCGAUCCCAAUAUGGACUGCCUGAAGAUUCAGUUGUGUAUUGUAAUUUCAAUCAGCUUUAUAAAAUUGACCCUUCCACUCUACAAAUGUGGGCCAAUAUCCUGAAGCGUGUUCCAAACAGCGUCUUGUGGCUGUUGCGGUUCCCGGCCGUGGGGGAGCCGAAUAUUCAGCAGUAUGCUCAAAACAUGGGCCUUCCCCAGAACCGCAUCAUCUUCUCUCCAGUUGCUCCCAAAGAAGAGCACGUGAGGAGGGGCCAACUUGCCGACGUCUGCCUGGACACCCCCCUUUGCAAUGGCCACACUACAGGGAUGGACGUGCUCUGGGCCGGGACUCCGAUGGUCACAAUGCCAGGUAAGGGCAGACGGAACGUAGCAGUAGAGUCGGGGGGUGGGGGGCUCUGCUUCCUUAGUCCGUCAAGAAAGCAGCCUGUGCUUGAGGUGCAAGCUUAUGUUCUGCCUGCAGGAGAGACGCUCGCAUCCCGCGUUGCUGCCUCCCAGCUGACUUGUCUUGGCUGUCCUGAACUCAUUGCAAAGAGUCGGCAGGAAUACGAAGACGUUGCAGUGAAGCUGGGAACUGAUCUAGAAUACCUGAAGAAAAUCCGUGGCAAGGUCUGGAAGCAGAGAAUAUCCAGCCCCCUGUUCAACACCAAGCAGUACACAGUGGAGUUGGAGCGGCUCUAUCUUCAGAUGUGGGAGCACUGCGCAGCUGGCAACAAGCCGGAGCACAUCGUCAGUUCCCUUGAGAGUGGCGAAUCUGCCUGAAGGAGCUGGUGUGCGGAAAGCAAUCGGGAGGGCUCCUGAGCAGAGGCCACAAACAGGGAUGGGAGCCGAAGACUUCACCUCUGCUGCAUCUGCCCGGUACUUGUAGCAGAAAUGAUCUAUGGUUGAACCUGGAGAGUGCAGCUGGACUUGCCUCCUGCAUGAUGGGGAGAUUGGAACUUUUUGUCCUGUGUGAAGCAUUUGCCACUGAGCUCUGUUGAGCCCUGAUGUGUGUCUCCGGGCCAGGCUUUACAAGGAAAGGUGUAAAAGGGCCAGGCAACUCUGAUUUCAUGGAUCAAUUCAGUUUUUCUAGGAGUUAGAUCUUUCUCUUCCUUCGUGGAUUGGAAUUGGAGCUUUUUUAAAGAUUGGUUUUUGGGUAUUCCUGUUGGUACAUGUGUGGGUCUGACAAGAUUUCCAGCUAGUUUUGAGUUGCUCCUCCCUGAGAGUCUCUCUGCUGGUGAAGCUUUUUAUGGGUUUUAUAAACCGCUUAAGCCAACAUCAGCCUCCUUAAUGUUUGACACAUCUCUUGGGCUUCGUGUGCUGCAGUGACUCCGAUGAGGGCUUUUUUUAAAGCCUCAUCUGUCAGUUAACUUCAGAAUGGCACAUUUCUCUGUAGAAAAGUUAAGUUGAAUUUAAAAUACAGUCUCCCCAUCUUUCCCUGAAAUAUGUGGAGAAAAUCCAGCCCGGUGCCAAAUGCCUAUCCUUCAGGAAAGAUAAUUAUGGAGUUGCAGGCGUAGCCACUGUAGCAAAGACUUUAAAAAAUAAAGCUCUGGUUUGACCAGCUUGGCCCACGGACAGGUAUUCCGCCCUUCCUCAACAAAGCAAUUAUGUGCAGGGCGGCUGACCUUGACCUGCCUUUGUAGGCUCCCUUACUAAAUGAAGCUCUUCUGUUGACUUCAGCAGAAAUGCAACCCCAGGUAAGUAUGGAUUUCCUUUUCAGUGUCUGCCUCCAGUCUGAAUGGUGCUGCUCGCAGCCCGUGGAGCGAUGCAAGGCAGAACUCCCCCCACCUCACCCCCGGCGCCCUCAGAUAAAUUGUGACACACCUCCGGAUGUGGUUGCGUUCUGGAUAGGCAGGAAAAGUAACUCAGCCCGACUUCUAAUCUGCUUUGGGCCUGCAAAUUAACAGCAGCAUCAGUGGGCAGAUAGUGCCACACACAGGUGCUCGAUAGUUCCCUAUGUGUGGCUGGUGGAGCAGACCCGUCGUUUGUCCCCGCUGAUGCUUAAAUGUGGCUCUGAAGGGGGCUUUUGUCUCUGCUGUGCCGGGAGCUGCUGCUGCUCAAGGCGGCAGGGCAGCGUGACCCUGGUCCCCACCUGGAGAGCCGCCUGUGUGCAGCACCACAGUGUGCAGGGCCACUCCUCCGUGGGGGAGACCUCCCAGCCCCGCCUCGUGUCAGGAGGGCAGGGAUGGGUGUGUGAUGCCCAGGUGGGUUUGGGGCCUUGUUUGUCCUGAACAGAGUAACCACUGUGUAGUGGAGGGGAGGGAGCCCCUCCUGGCUUGGAGGAUAAGCUGUUUUUCCUUCUGCUUGCUCGCUGUACCAGCUUUUGUUUUCAGAUGAGUGUCCCACAAAUACAAACGAAAUCACUGGC